UCUCACUCCAGCUUCAACUGAGCCCUGAGAGGAAUCAUCCAGCCUGAGAUAUCACCACCAUGUCUGAUCAAAAUACCAACCCGACCCCUUCUCCUGCCCCCCCUGUUCCCACUGGACGCCCUCCAAAGGUGUCUGGCCGUGGUCGUGCCGCAGGUCCCAGCUCCAACUCCAACUCUGACUCAGCGGAAAUACCUGAGUUUGAGCCAUUUGGCGUGGUGGGUCCGAGAGGUCUUCCACCUCUGACUGAGUACUUGGACAUCUGGGAUGUGGACAUGAUGAGGAGGCCAGAUGAGAUCAACAAGAAGCGUCACCACACUGUGUAUUACAACUCUGAGAAUCUCAUCGUCCGCAGAGGACAAGAGUUCGAGGUCAAGAUCACCUUCAACCGUGCCUACAAACCUACUGACAAAAUUGCUGUGGAAUUUGUCAUUGGGUCAAACCCUCAGUACAGCAAGGGCACCUACAUCCCUGUCUUCCCCACCAAAGAGCGCCCGACCAUCUGGGAGGGCCGCAUCAGCAACACCUCUGACAACGUGGUCACCAUGGCCAUCACUCCCGCCGCCAACUGCAUUGUGGGGAAGUAUCACAUGUACAUUGCUGUGUCAACACCGUACGGCAUCCGCAGGACCAGACGAGAUGCAAGUCGGGACCUCUACAUCCUCUUCAACCCCUGGGUGGCCGAUGAUGCCGUGUUUCUGGAUGAUGAGGAGGAGAGGGAGGAGUGUGUGAUGUCUGAGAUGGGGAUCAUCUACCAUGGCGCCUUCGAUGAUGUCUCUGAGAGAGACUGGAACUAUGGACAGUUUAACUAUGGAGUCCUGGAUGCCUGUCUGUACAUCCUGGACAAGUCUGAGAUGCCCAUCACCAACAGAGGAGAUCCCAUCAAAGUGACCAGGAAGGCCUCUGCCAUGCUGAACUCGCGUGAUGACGAAGGUGUGCUGGUGGGGAGCUGGAGCGGCGACUACACCUACGGAGUGGCACCCACUUCCUGGACAGGAAGCACAGACAUCCUCCUAACCUUUGCCAGCAGCAAGUUGCCUGUCUGCUACGCUCAGUGCUGGGUCUACGCAGCUGUCUUCAACACCUUCCUGCGCUGUCUCGGCAUACCGGCCCGAGUCGUCACCAACUUCUACUCUGCCCAUGACAACGAUGGAAACCUGAAGACUGACAUCAUCCUGGAUGAGAAUGGCAGGAUUGAUCGCAACCGCACCAGAGACUCUAUCUGGAACUAUCACUGCUGGAAUGAGUGCUACAUGACCAGACCAGACCUCCCAACUGGCUUUGGAGGCUGGCAGGUUGUGGAUGCAACACCACAGGAGACCAGUGAUGGCAUGUACAGAUGUGGACCGGCAUCAGUCCAGGCCAUCAAACAUGGACAGAUAUGCUACCCAUUCGAUGCUGCCUUUGUGUUUGCUGAGGUUAACAGCGAUGUGGUGUUUUAUUCCCGGAGUAAUGAUGGGACCAUGGAACCAGUCAAAGUGAACCAGACUCAUGUGGGCCGCAUGAUUUUGACAAAAGCUCCAGGAGCGCUGACCCGCCGUGACAUCACCGAUCAGUACAAGUUCCCUGAGGGCAGCAAUGAGGAGCGGACUGUCCUGGUAAAAGCUGAGGAGUACGGGUGUAAACGGGAGAAGUCCAGCCUUCCUGUGGCUGACGUGGACCUGAUCCUGCCAACCUUGGAGGUCUCUGUGGGUAACGACUUUGAGCUGAACGUGGAGUUUAAAAACGAAAGUGAUGAGCGCCGCACUGUGGACACCUACAUUAGUGGGACCAUAGUGUAUUACACCGGAGUCACCAGCUCCGAGUUCCUGUUCAGAAACCCCACUGUGACAGUUGGCCCCAGAAAAAGCGUGAAGGAGACGGUGGUGGUCGAGUCAAAGAACUACAUGAAGAAGCUGGUGGAACAGUCCAACCUCAACUUCAUCGUUACAGGCAAGGUCAAGGAGACCGGCCAGAUUGUCACCGCUAUGAAAGUCGUCACGCUGCACAAUCCCAAACUCACCGUUGAGGUGUCUGGCCCGCACAAAGUCAAUGAAGAGAUGAUGGCGACUGUGGAGUUUACAAACCCGUUCACCUUCAGCCUGGAGGGUGUCUUCAUUCGCAUAGAGGGACCGGGAGUCAUGUUGCCCAAGUUCAAAUAUUACAGUCUGAUCACAGGAGGAUCCUCUCUGACCUGGACCGAGUAUUUUACCCCGCAGAGGGCCGGGACCACCAGGCUGAUCGCCACGCUUGACUGUCCUACUCUCAGGCAGGUCUACGGCCAAGUGUCCAUCACCAUCGAACCCUGAGGAUCGCUGCUGGACUGCUGACGCCCAGCAUCAUUAAAUUCAGUUACACUUCAGCCAAAAUAUAGGCCUUGCUAACAUAGUUAUGUAACUGUAGGCUCACAACUACUCAACAGGUAUAUCUUCAACAUUUAUGAUA